AUGAUAUAUCAUGCUUAUUCAAAUUAUGCUAAAUAUGCGUGGGGUGCUAAUGAACAUCGUCCUAUAUCAAAAACAAGUCAUUCAGCCAAUAUAUUUGGAUCAAGUGCAUUAGGAAUAUCAAUUAUUGAUAGUAUUGAUACGAUUUAUUUAGCUGAUAUUAAAGAAUUUUAUCAGAAAUCUCGAGAUUGGAUUGAAACAAAAUUUGAUCCAAAUCUGCCAAGUGAAGUUUCUGUAUUUGAAAUAAAUAUUCGUCUUGUUGGUGGUUUUCUUUCUAUUUACGCCUUAACAAAUGAUAAAUUAUAUCUUGAUAAAGCUGAAUUAGUAGCAAAUCAUCUUCUUCCAGCAUUUGAUACUCCAACUGGAAUUCCUCAUGCUCUAAUAACAUUAUCAAAUGGAGCUUCGAAAAAUUGGAAUUGGGCUGCUGGUGGUUGUUCAAUAUUAUCGGAAUUAGGAACAAUGCAUCUUGAAUUUCAAUAUUUAUCUCAAUUAACAGGAAAAGAUAUUUAUUUACAAAAGGUAGAAAAAAUACGAAAAGUUCUUAAAGAAGCAUCAGAAAAUCAUAUGUAUUAUAAUUAUAUUAAUCCCCAAACUGGAAAAUGGUGUCAAAAACAAGCAUCUGUUGGUGCAUUAGGUGAUAGUUUUUAUGAAUAUUUAUUGAAAAGUUGGGUUUUAUCGGGAAAAAAAGAUGAACAAGCUCGUUCAAUGUAUGAAGAUGCUAUGAAAGCAGCAGAAGAAUCAAUGUUAAGAAAAACUCCAACAACAAAUUUAAUGUAUUUUGGUGAACAACGUUCAGGUCGUUUAGAUCCUCAAAUGGGUCAUUUAGCAUGUUUUAUUGGUGGUGUUUAUGUAUUAUCUGCUUUAUCUGGUGCUGUAUCAUCUAAUUCAUCAAUUAAAAAUCAAAUGGAAAUAGCACAAUCUAUUGGUAAAACAUGUCGAGAAUCUUAUAUAAGAACAGCAACUGGUCUUGGUCCAGAAACAUUUCAUUUUGAAAGAGUUGAUGUUGAAGCAAAAUCAUUACGAGAUAAUGAAAAAUAUUAUAUAUUAAGACCUGAAGUUAUUGAAACAUGGUUUUAUUUAUGGAGAAGUACACAUGAUCAAAUAUAUCGAGAUUGGGCUUGGGAUGCUAUUAUUAGUCUUGAAAAAUAUUGUCGACUUGAUGGUGGUUAUUCCGGUAUAAGAGAUGUUUAUUCAGCAUCAGUUACUCAUGAUGAUGUACAACAAAGUUUUUUUAUUGCUGAAACAUUAAAAUAUCUUUUAUUAAUUUAUUCGGAUGAUUCUUUCAUUUCUUUAGAUACAUAUGUCUUUAAUACUGAGGCUCAUCCUUUCCGUAUUCGCACUUUAUAA